AUGGUCUCCGGCUCGGAAGCUUUCCCAGCAAACCACCAGCUCUGCCUCGUCUAUUGCCGCCUCCGACAAGUCCCUGACCUCAUUUCCGUCAUUCUCCCCGACUCGCCGCGGGCCGAGCGCUCCAACGUUUUCGGCUCACCCGAUUUCGAUGUUUCUCCCGCCGCCCCCAAAACGUCGGGGCUAACCAAGACGAAGAAAAAGCAUUCCCUGGUAGAAAAUGCCACGCCCGCAUCGGGCCGUCAAGGCGGUGCCGCACCUCUUUCCUCCGCAGACUCUCCCCUCGCCACGCAAAGCGUUCCCGGUGCCCUGCAUCUCGCCGACGACACCCACAUUCAGAGGCUAAUCUCCCGCCAUGGCGCCCUCACACUCGUCCGCCAAAUUGCCACCGAUCUGGCCCAGCGAGAUGCUCAGAUUGCUGCCCUCCGAAGACGCGCCGACAACCGAGAGCGCGCCCUGCGCAAGAUCGUCCUCGAAUGUGGCCUAUCGACCAUGGAUAUGGAGACGCGCCUGCGAAGCAUCGAGUCCGAUAUGCGCUCCAACGGCCUCGCUACCACCGGCGGGCCUUUGUCCGACCUCAUGAGUGACGCCAUGCAGAAUACCGUCAAUGUCGACGCAUUUGGCCUCACCACGGUCCCCGACGCAACCAUCCGCGCGAGCAGCCUGUUUGUUGCCAACCAAGACGGGUCCAAGACCGCGACCAAGGGCUGGAAGGAGUUUUUCUGGGGCUCCUCAACCAAUAAGCGCCCUAGUCGCUCUAGCAGCACUAGCGGCGAUGCUGCCGCGGCCCCCACGGCCCCCGGAUCCCCAGGACCCAAUCUGGCUUCGACCGGCGCCCGCCCCUCCAAGAUGACUUGUUUAGCCCGCCAGGGCCCGACUCAGCCUCGGACCGGCGCGACGGGGCUGUUGGAAGCCCCUGGCAGUGCCAGGCUAGCGCAGCAGGAGAGCUAUGGCCCCGUUGAAAUGGACACGAUCCUACCGCCGGAAACCCAGCCCCCGACGCUAACACAGCACACAUACAAUGCUCACGGCGAAACCGGCUUCUUAACGGACCGUUUCGGUUUCAUUUACGAUCAGCGCCGUAAGAAGCGCCAACGAGAUGCGGCGAAGGUGAGUCGAUACAUGAAAACUAGCCGCGGGGAAAUGCUCAAUGGCAGGUCAACGCCUCUGUCGCCCGUGGCAAGCACUUCUGCCGAGCAGGCCACGAGCCCCAGCCGCCGAGUCCGUCUCCGCCUCCAAAGCAACCCCGGUCUCCUCACCUCGGACGACCGUGGCUUCGUUCCCACUGCGAACCCCACCUCGGCCAUUGAUAGCGGUGACACUAUCCCGGUAGCUGUUCCGCCUACCUCAACGGCGGCGAUAUCACAGGCGGACCCGGAUGUUGCCAAAGCCCCCAAAGAAGACACCGAGCCGGUAAAACUACUUUUACAGCAACUCAAUGACGUUCACGACUCUCUCCAGCGAGACAAGACAGUGCGCUGGAACGACUUUCUUCGCAAGGUCCGUGCGGAGAGACCAGUGAUUCUUCCCGAGGCAAAGUUGACGGACGGCGAGAUGAUUGGCAUCUCGGGUCUCGGGAACAAGGGCAAGGUCGGGCGCGCCAAGUGGAAUGAGUUCAAGUCUCUGGUUCUCGGGGGCAUCCCGGUAGCGUACCGAAGCAAGGUGUGGUCCGAAUGCUCAGGCGCCUCGGCCCUGCGCAUUCCAGGCUACUAUGACGACCUCAUCGCGCAGCCGACAACGGAGGAUGAUGCGACGGUUGUAGCGCAGAUCGAGAUGGAUAUAAACCGCACGCUGACGGACAAUAUAUUCUUCCGAAAGGGCCCCGGCGUCGCGCGACUAAACGAGGUACUCCUUGCCUAUGCCCGGCGGAACCGCGAGGUGGGCUAUUGCCAGGGCAUGAACCUCAUCACGGCAAAUCUCCUCCUCAUCAUGCCGUCGGCGGAGGAUGCCUUCUGGAUCCUCACGUCGAUUGUGGAAACCAUACUGCCGCAGGGAUACUACGACCACAGCCUACUCACAUCGCGGGCGGACCAGCAGGUGCUUCGACGGUACGUGCGAGAGAUACUGCCCCGGCUCUCGCAGCACUUGGACGAGCUCGGGGUGGAACUAGAGGCACUUACCUUCCAGUGGUUCCUCAGCGUGUUUACAGAUUGCCUGUCGGCGGAAGCCCUCUUCCGGGUGUGGGACGUGGUGUUGUGCACCAAUGACGGGAGCACAUUCCUUUUCCAGGUAGCUCUAGCGCUGCUGAAGCUUAACGAGUCUCAACUGCUACAGUGCGAGCAGCCAGCAGCGGUGUACACGUAUAUCAACCACCAAAUGACGAACCACGCCAUCAGUAUCGACGGGCUUGUACACGCCAGCGAGGGCCUGAGGAGAUUUGUUAAGCGAGAAGAGGUCGAGGCGCGACGGUCAGAGGCAGUGAGGAUUGAGAAGGAAGUGAUGCGUGAGAGAGAGGAGAUGAGGAGUGGGAAGAUGGCGGGGAGGAGGAAGGCUUCUCAAGCCGCGGCCCCCGCCGAGGAUACAGAUGCAGCCUCGACGGAUGCCCCCACGGCAGGGACCGGAUCAUCAGCCAUGAGCUAG